AUGAAUUUAGAAGAAACUCUCUUAAUUCUUUUUGAAAGGACACUAGAAUCAAAUAAGGAUGAUCAUUUACAAACAAUACUUGCAAGUCAAGCUAAAAUUAUAUAGUAAAAGAAAGAAAAUGUCACUCCUGUUUAAUCCUAAACAUCUGCCAUUUAGAAAAAGUUAUAAGUUAUAGAGAAGAAUUUUAUAAAUUAAGAUGCUUUUAAAAAGAGAAGAAAAUCUAAAUAUGACCAUCGUUCUAAUACUGGCUCACAACAUGACAAUGAAGAAGUUCCAACAAUCAUGCAUAAUGAAGAUAAUCAAGAAAUAAUUACUGAUUAGAUUAGUUUAUAAAAGUUAAAAAGUGAUAAUUCAAAAUUACAAAAACAAAUUACAGAAUUGGAAUAUGAAUAAAGAGAAAAAUAUCUAAAAAAUUGUAAUGAAAUGGAAUAAAUUAAUAAAGAAUAAAAGUUGUUAUUGGAAAAUGAUAAAAAACUUAAUGAAAAACAAAGAAAAUUAAAUUAACGAUCAUAGUUACUAUAAAAUAAACAAUAAAAUUUACAUAAAUAAGAAUUCAAUUAUUAUAAUCAAUAAUAAAAUAUAGAUGAAUGUUAAUAGGAAUAAUAAAGAUAUGUAUAAAUUUAUUUAAUUUAAUAGGAUAAUUAAUUGAAUAAUAGAAGAGAUGAAAUGGAAAAGCUACAAAUUAAAUUAAAUAGUUUUGUAUCACAAUUACUGAGUCUACAAAGAAAUAAAAAUAAAGUUCAGUGUUAGUUAAAUGUAUAAAUUGAUGCUGUUGAAUAAUUGGCUUAAUUUAUACUUAAAGAACGUUCAAAUUUAUAAUAGGAUUAACAAUAUCUAAGAUAAUUCAAAGAAAAGGUUUUAGAAGAAAAGAAACAAGUUCUAUAAAUGUAAGAUUAACUAUCAUGA